AGUGAGCGCCUCAAGACGAGCGAGGACGCCUCCACCCAUCCGAUGCCCGGUGGGACUCCGGAACCGGCCCGCAGCGGGGAACAUGCCGUGCCAGACUGGCUUUGCCCCUUUAAGGCACGACUGCUUCAACCCCAGCCGGAGACUCCCCCUCCCACCGCCCUGGCUGGAGGGGCCCUGGCUACGCCGAGGGAGCCGCUCGGCACGCAGCAGCAGCGCCCAGGCCGCGCGGAGAGGAGAGUCCCCUGGAGCCAAAGAGGCGCUGAGCGGGAGCCGCCGCAGAUGAGACCCUUCCCGCUUCCCGCUUGGGCCCCGGCCCUCCUGGCGCUGCUAAGUCUCCUGCCAGCAGAAGGCUACGUCCUUCACCUGGAGCUGGACUGCCCCCUCUCGGCCGAGGGCCACCUGCUGGGCGCCAACUGGACCCUGGCCUUCAAUAAGAUGCCCUUCGUCUGCUACGCUGUAGCCUACCAGGAGUUCCUCCCCUGUGGCCUGGGCGUCUUCCCCGGCUGGGACCAGGUCGCCGGGGACCUCUCAGACCAGCUCACCCAGCGCUUCCCCACCUGGGGCCAGACCACCCGAGACCUCUGCCAGCAGCAGCUCGGCUCCCUCUGGAACUCCUCCGGCGGCCGGCGCACACCCCCCAACGUCCGCAUCUUCCCCAUCACCCCCCAGAACACGCCGGCACCCGUCAUGCUGGCCUGUGACGUCUGGGACUUCUACCCGGCGGACGUGGCCGUCACGUGGCUGAGGAACGGGGUGUCUGUGAAAGACAACUCCGGCGUCCAGGUGGUCUCGAACGGGGACUGGACCUACCAGACACGGCUGAGCCUGCCCGUUUACCCCCAGAGCGGGGAGACCUACACCUGCCGGGUGGAGCACGCCAGCCUUCGCCAGCCCCUCACCAAGGACUGGGAGCCUGGCCUCACCCCAGAGCUGAAGGUGAAGGUGGGGGUCGCCGGUGCAGUGCUGGGGGUGGGCGUCCUCUUCCUCAUCGCUGGCAUCGUCUCCUGGAAGAAGCGGGCCCCCGCAGGUUAUAUCCCCAUUGAUGGCGACAGCUACCCGCCAGUCGGCUCCUAGGUCCAUAGGGGUCAUCCAGUUUGCUUCUCCCCCCACCCCCGGAGAGACCUCGACAGAAGGCCACGCUUCUGGACUCCCAGCUGCUCCCGAGCUACCUAAGCAGGAUCGUGGCACAGGGGUGGCGGCACUGACAGCCAGGGGCAGAAAUAUGCCAACUGCCCCCCCCUCCACCGGCCAAGCCAACCGUGCCUUCAAACGUGAAUCACAGAACUGCAAGGGACCGCCAGGGUCAUCUAGUCCAACCCCCUGCACAAUGCUGGAAAUUCACAAAUACCUUCCCCCCCACACCACCCCCCAAUGACCCCUCCAGAAGAUGGCCCCCCACCUGCGAAUCCUUAAAUGGUCUCUUCAUUUCUUAAAUGCGGAUCUCUUAAAUGCUUAUAUGCCUUAAAUGUCUCUGAUUGAAGGGGGGGCGGUCUUAAAUGCUUAAAUGUCUCUGAUUGGAGGGGUCAAAACUCCCAUUUCCGCCUAUUCCAGAUGUGCCUGCUAGUGUCAGAAAAGCUGUUUUUCUUUCCUCUAAAAAAACCUUUCUGAAACAAUAAAAACCUUUCUGCCUCCUC